UCCUGGCAAUCCAAUGAUGUUCCCAACAACAGCCCUUACCCAGACCAUGCAACGACCGAUGGACAUGGUACCGUUCAAAGCGCUCUCGGAACUCUCGAAUCGCAUCAUACAAAGUACCCGGCGGGAGACAUUGAUGCCCAAACUUUUUUACUUCCGACAAUGCGACCUGGACAACGUUUUAUAUGGCUACGCCAAGCAGCCGGGGAAUGUACGCGUGUGUACGCACGCCAUCAGCGGACUCAACGUCGGUGAAAUAACGCACGGAAUAGACCGGAUCCUGUCUCAGAACGAGCCCGACCAUUCUCCGUUCAUUCCUUCCCCAAUGAAAUACUCCCGCUCCGACCCAGCGCCGAGCGGUCUUCCGCAAGAAUUCUGUGUGUGUCCGACGACAUUCGCUGGCAUGGUGCAUUACGGCGUUUUCUGUCGCAAGCAGACCAUCCCCAAAGGCACACGCUAUGGUCCUUUCAAAGGCAAAGUGGUGAACACAAGCGAGAUUAAGUCCUUCGACGACAAUAGCUUCAUGUGGGAGAUAUUUAAAGACGGCAAGCUGAGCCAUUUCGUAGACGGUCGGGGAUCAACUGGCAACUGGAUGUCCUACGUGAACUGUGCGCGGCACGUCGGCGAACAAAACUUGGUGGUUGUGCAGGAGGGAAAUCAAAUAUUUUACGAGGUGUGCCGAGACGUUCCUCCGGGAACGGAAGUGCUGGUGUGGUACGGGGACAGUUACUUGCAGUUCAUGGGCAUACCCGUCACCAUGACGUCGACUGAGGAUGAGGUAAAGGACAAAGACGCAGACAUCAAUAACGUAUCCAGCGGCGAGGGAUUUCAGUGCGAAAGGUGCGGCAAGGUAUUCGCCUACCGUUACUAUAGGGACAAGCAUCUGAAGUAUACACGCUGUGUCGACCAGGGCGACCGGAAGUUCCCAUGUCAUCUUUGUUCUAGAUCAUUUGAGAAGCGAGAUCGCUUGCGGAUUCAUAUUUUGCACGUUCACGAGAAGCAUCGUCCCCACACAUGCGGGGUAUGCGCCAAGAGUUUCAGUCAGUCUUCGAGUCUGAACAAACACAUGAGGGUUCACAGUGGAGAAAGACCCUACAAAUGCGUCUACUGUAACAAGGCGUUUACGGCAUCAAGUAUUCUGAGGACUCACAUCAGGCAACAUUCCGGCGAGCGACCCUUUAAGUGCAAAUUUUGCGGGAAGGCUUUCGCGUCGCACGCUGCCCACGACAGUCACGUGAGACGGACGCAUGCGCAAGAGAAGAUCAACACUUGCAAAGAAUGCCACCAACAGUUCACGCACGCCAUUGAACUGCAAAUGCACAUGCAUGUCCAUGUGAGAUCCUGA